UUCUGCUCCCUCUGUCGACGGACUAUUGCUUUGUGCUUCUUUCCUUGGCUGUGUUUGAAUGUAGUUUUAGCACUCUACCCUCUAAAACAGAGUACAGCAAAGCAUAAAACUUACUCGGUUUCCUUCUGUUGAAGAAAACAGAAUAGAAUGGCGUGUGAGCUUUGUUCUGAGUUCAAUAUCAUUGGCUCUACGUAAUUCUAGGAACACCCCAGAUCCUAAAAUCUCUCUUUCACUCUAGAAUCUCUUUUCUCUCUAGAAUCUCCGAGUUGCUUGUCUGUCGUAACCCACAUUUGAAUUCCAAAAAGGGUAAACAUUUGCAUUUCACUUUUUUCUGGCUUUCGUUGGAAUUUCCAACUUUUUCUAUUUAUGGACUUAACCACAUUGGGCGGAGAAAGUUUCGGUACCCACACACCCAGGCUGUUGUUCCGUUUGGGCAAUUUGAUUCCGUUUUGCAUUGGCUGAUUCUGAAUUCGCAUUGUCCAGGUUUGGUUGAUUCUUGUUCCCACUGAAUAAGAAAGUAUUGACAUUUUGGAAAAAAUUUCCUGUUUUGGUUGAUUUGAAUUGACUUAUCUUUUUUAUUUGAGAUCUGGGUUCUUGAGGUUGGUGAAUCUGGCAUUGGGAUUUUCUUAUUUUGAACUGAUAGUGUGGAGAAAUUCCCCUCAUUGGGUUGUCACUGGUGAAGUUUUCUUGAAUUGGGGAUCUGGGUUCUUUUGAAUUUGUCCAGAUAGGCUUUUGUGAUCUUUCGGUUUAAGUUAUACUUUUUUUGUUCUUGAUAGGUUUUUUUUUAGAACCUGAUCUGGGUUCUCUCUCAUUUCCCUAGGUUGUAGAAAUAAAAUAAUUUUACCGGAGCCUUCUGAAGUUGUUGAUUGGAGAAGUAAGUUAUUGAUCAGUUGAUUCUGUAAAUUCUGUGUGAAUGCUGAUUAGAUCGCAUGCUUAAUGCUGCAAAAAUCACAGCCUGGAAAAAUGGAAAUUUGCAGUGGGAAUUAUUAGAGGAAUUUUGCAGUGUCCUUGUCGGAAUAGGGGACUGUGGAGUAGAAUUAUGGGCUGCAUCUGCUCAAAGGCAACUUUAUCCAAUCAAUACGUUUCUGAGAAUCAACGUAGAGACAAGGAAUUAAAGUCAAGCAAGUCAUCAAAACUGUCAGAAGCUGCAGUUGGGGCUGAUGCGACUGCACGGUUGAUAACCAAUCCUCACACAGAAGAGAAUGCAGGGUCAACUCCUAUUUCAUCGGAUGAAGGGGAGAAGAAGAUGGUGGUUACUGAGAAACCCACAAAACCCUUCAUGGAGGGUGGGGCGAGUGGGGGAAAGUUACCAUCCGGGCUAACUAGGAUAACUAGCGUAGCAAAUGGAGAAAGAGGAGCGCAAGUUGUUGCUGGAUGGCCUUCUUGGCUGACUGCAGUGGCAGGUGAAGCAAUCAGUGGGUGGGUGCCUCUCAAGGCAGACUCAUUUGAGAAAUUGGAGAAGAUUGGACAAGGAACUUACAGCAGUGUGUACAGAGCCCGUGAUCUGGAUUCAAACAAAAUAGUUGCACUGAAGAAGGUGCGAUUUGCCAAUAUGGAUCCGGAAAGUGUGCGUUUUAUGGCGAGAGAAAUUCUUAUUUUGCGUAAGCUUGAUCACCCCAAUAUCAUGAAGCUUGAAGGUCUGAUUACAUCAAGGGUUUCGGGCAGCUUAUACCUUGUAUUUGAAUACAUGGAGCAUGAUCUUGCCGGGAUUGCGGCACGGCCCGGGGUCAAGUUCACUGAAGCACAGAUUAAAUGUUACAUGCAACAGCUUCUUCGUGGGCUUGAGCAUUGUCACAGUCAUGGUAUUUUGCACCGUGACAUUAAGGGAUCAAAUCUUUUGAUCGACUAUUAUGGCAACCUAAAGAUUGCUGACUUUGGGCUAGCAACCUUUUACCGACCCCGUCAAAAGCAGCCCCUGACAAGUCGGGUAGUAACCUUGUGGUACCGACCACCUGAACUUCUGCUUGGCUCUACAGAUUAUGGGGUUGCUGUGGAUUUGUGGAGUGCUGGUUGUAUUCUUGCAGAAUUGUUUGCUGGGAAGCCUAUCAUGCCAGGAAGAACAGAGGUGGAGCAACUACAUAAGAUAUUCAAACUUUGUGGGUCACCUUCUGAAGAAUACUGGAAGAGAUCAAAAUUGCCGCAUGCAACUAUUUUUAAACCAACUCAUCCAUACAAGCGUUGUGUUGCUGAGACAUUCAAGGACUUCCCUCCGUCAGCAUUGGCCUUGCUAGAGGUUCUUCUAGCAGUAGAACCUGAAAGUCGUGGAACAGCUUCUUCUGCACUUCACAGUGAGUUCUUCACAUCAUUGCCUCUUCCCUCUGAUCCCUCAACUUUGCCUAAGUACCCACCUAGCAAGGAGUUUGAUGCCAAGCUCCGAGACGAGGAAGCUAGAAGGCGAAGAGCACCUGGUAGUAAAGGAGGGAGUUCCAAAGAAUCAAAGGCUGUGCCAGCACCAGAUGCCAAUGCAAUACAGCGACAAGGGCAGCCUAACCCCAAAAGCAUAAGUGAAAAGUACAACCCUGACGAGGAUAGUGGCUCUGGCUUUCCUAUUGAGCCUCCCAAAGGAGCAACAUCAAAUGGCUAUUCCUAUUCUGGCCAGUCAAUGCACCCAAAUGCAUUUGGAUCUUCACGGAAUAUGUCACAAUCUGGCCAGUCUAGGAAUGGUGGGGAGAAGUCUUAUAUGUAUCGUGGGGCAGCCCAGUCGUCCAGGUUUUCCAAUUCAGCUUCAGUUCGAAGUGAUUCACGAUAUGAUGGUGUUGUAGAAGCUAGUGCAAAUCCACACUGGCCAGAGGAGCGUAUUAAUGCCAGAUAUAGUCAUUUAGACAAUGGGGAUUCCUCUGCAAAACAUGAUUGGUCCCACAAUUUUCUGGAUAGGCCAAAGUCUUCACAUAAGAAGGAUGAACAGCCAUCAGGGAAGGAGUCUGCAACGGGUUAUGCUACCAAGAAGAACCGGAUCCACUACUCUGGACCGUUGAUGCCCCCUGGAGGAAACCUUGAGGAGAUGCUCAAAGAGCAUGAGAGACAAAUACAACAUGCUGUCCGCAAAGCUCGUCUGGACAAGAACAAAGCCAAGAAAGCCAACAGUGAAAAUGGACAAACCGAAUCCCUGCUUCACCAUAUAAGAAAUGGCAGGUGAUGACAGAAGGGAAAGUCACACUGGCUUAAUUUUGAAAGCAAGAGCUCCUUCGGAACAGCAUCACUCUGAUAUUAAAGAAAUAUUCCUCUUGGGAACUCGACAAAUCUCACCACGGAAAAGAUAAAUGGGAUUUAUGGAGCUUCUUUGGUUUAUAUCACAUCAGAUAUAUAUUCACUUUUUGAAGGUAUGCUAUCAUCACUUGCUAGAGAGAUUCAGAAAGAUUGUUAAUCUUGAAUUUGAAGUAAAUUAAAUCCCCAGGCAUCGACUCGUGAUCUGCUUUGGGAUGGUUUUUGUAAUUGACAUACCAGAAAAUUGUUUCAUUGCCAGAUGGUGAGAGGUCUCUUUGGUGUCCAGAUGCUGGAGACAAGCUGUGCACAGCCGAAACCUGAUCUGCUCAAUCAGCUAUAUUUCAUUCUUUGUAAAGGCUAAGUUAUAUCACUAAGUCAAAGGUUUUGUGAUCACAGGCCACUAUUUAUUCAAAUCAAUGUACAAGUCAGUUCUUACUACUCCAAACCCAUCAGCACAAUGCUCUUUCCUUUUUCUUCUUCUCCCUUUUUUAGGUUUCUUUUGGAAUGAAUUACACAAGUGCGUAUAUUUAAGCAAGCAUAAAUGACUCGAACUCUUCUUGCAGAUCCUACAAUGACUUUAAUUUUUUAUUAUUAAGGAAGUUGGUACCUACCAUAUUUUAUCCA